AUGGCUAGUGGUAGUGGUAGUGGUGCGAGUGGUAAUGGUGGUGAUGCUGUUGACAGAAGGCGGCAAAUAGCGGCACGGUUGAGGGCUUAUACGUCCGACGAGGUACAUUAUCGGAUACGAGAGCACCUGCAGCGGCAUCUGCAUCCGGUGGUACCACACCCUAUCAUCCAUCGUCGAGCUGUUAUACCCCAGGACCACGUCGCUGCACAUCGCCGGUUGUUUGAGGACUACUUCACGGAGGAGCCGCGGUUUGGGGAUAACUUUUUUCGGCGACGUUUUAGAAUGCACUGGCCGCUAUUCAUGAGUAUCGUGAACGUUUUAGAGCGUCGGUACAAUUAUUUCAGGUUCAGGAAGGAUGCGAGUGGUAGACCCGGUCACACGCCUAUACAGAAGUGCACUACCGCAAUCAGGCAGCUAGCAUACGGAGGCGCAACCGACAUGUUCGACGAGUACCUCCACAUCGGCGAGACGACUACCCGCGAGUGUCUGAUGUACUUUUGUCAGGGCGUUAUUGAGAUAUACAGGGAAAGGUAUCUUCGGAAGGCUACCCCCGAAGACUGCCAGACUCAGAUGGAUAUGCACGAGAAUCAGCACGGGUUUCUGAGAAUGUUGGGAAGCAUAGAUUGUCCAACGCUGACUGAUUGGACUAAUGAUGAUGCUGAUGCCGCCGGUCAAGCCACGGCGUGGCCACCGCCAAUAUACGAAUGGGGAUACCUCAUGGGAACGCCGAUCGGAUCAGUGCAUUUGCCGACUUGCCCCAACAAGAAGCCCAUAUUCGACUCAAGAAUGAUAUAA